AUGGCGGUGGAGCAGCGGGUGCUUGCACCUUUGAAGCUUCAUUCUCACGGGGUCACCCUUGGGUGGAUGCGCUAUGAUGAGCGAUACACAUCACGGUCGACGCCACCCAACAAUGCUCCAGCACUCACCGCGCUUAUUGAUCAUUGGCGGCCGGAGACACAUAGUUUCCAUCUACGGACUGGGGAGAUGACAGUGACGCUCCAGGAUAUUGCUAUGAUCACCGGUCUUCCUAUCGAUGGGAAUCCUCUAUGUAUGAGCACCGACUCCGUUGGGUGGCGCGCGCAGAUGCAUGCCCUUAUCGGUAUGGUUCCUCCGGAGCCUCCGGAACCAGCAGCAGAAAACAAGAAGAAGGAAAGAGUCGCAGCCGGUGCUACUUUCACGUGGAUUACUGAGCACUUUGGUACUUGCCCACCGGAAGCUGAUGAGGACACGGUCAAGAUAUAUGCUCGUGUCUACAUGUGGUAUGUGAUAUCCAGGACUAUGUUUGCUGAUGGCACAGGCAAGAAUGCUCCAUGGAUGUGGCUGAAGGCGUUGACCGUCUUCGAUAGCAAAUGGAGUUGGGGUUCGGCGACACUGGCUUACUUGUAUAGACAGUUGGACGAAGCCUGUUGUAGGUCAUCUGGGGGUAUUGGUGGUUGUUUGCUCGCACUUUCCAUAUGGAGCUGGGAGCGUUUGCCGGUUGGACGUCCGAAGAAGGUGAAGUACGAUGAUUGGGACGACAAAGGCGACCUACUACGGCUACCCACUUGGGCUUACAAGUGGGAUGUGAUAAAUGAGACGACAGAUGAUCCCUCGGUCAUGUACAAGUUGUACCAGAGUGAGCUUGACGCGAUCACGCCUGAGCAGGUGAUAUGGGAGCCGUAUGGAACAGGAGAUAGUUUUGGUGACCCUUUAGAGUUCAGGCUGAAUCCGAUGUGCACUAGGGAUAGGGAUCUCUGGCAUAUGCGGUCCCCACUCAUAUGCAACUGGGCGGUUGAGCUUCACCUCCCACAUCGAGUGCGCCGUCAGUUUGGUUGGAUAGGAAAAGGCAGCGGAAGAUUAAGGAUUGGGCCAAGCAUCACAGAAAGUAUGUCGUACAGUUUGCGCUUAGUGUGGAGCAAGCUAGGGCUGGAAAAGGAGUCCAGCUUCGUGAGCACUGCCCUGUAG